AUGUAUCUCUCAGCCUCAUGUCUGAGCCUUCUCUUCUGCUUUUACGCCACCGCACGCUCAGCGGAAGUCUCUGCCUCUGAACUGUUGAAUACAACUACCCCUAGCGCUCUGCCUGUUUUCUAUGAUGCAUCCGACAUCGAUCUAGUGGAAGCCAACCAUGCCACGGACUCGUACUGGGUAGCUAACUACAUCCGGACGACCAGCAACGAAAGCUUCUACGUCAGUGCACACAUUAUGGUCCGGAACGGCAGCGCGACGCAGCGCGCUGGGAUUAUGUCCUUGGACAAGCCCCUUGGAUACUACAAGCAGAACUACCAGAACAUUGGGCCCGUCAGAGAGAGCAAUGGUACCCUCGAACCGUUCAACAUUACUAUGCCAGGUGGAAAAUUUGGAAUGGAGGCCAUUCCACACAAAAAUGCCGCGCGGGAAACUUUCUUGCCAAUGAGGAUUCACAGUCACCUCCCGGAAGUCACAUUCGAUAUUGACCUGGACAUGAAAGGCCCCGUGGUGUUGAAUGCCGGCCUCGGCUCGUGGCUCUGGGCUGGUGGCCUUCAAAACCAAAUCAGCUUGCCAGUCACCCGCCCCCGUGGUUCCCUUGUUGUGGAUAAUCGCAAGCUCACGAUUGACUCUAAAAAGUCCUUCUCCUGGUAUGACCGCCAGUGGGGGCCCACGUCCCCGGAGCGCUUCACUUGGCUCGGACUAUACUUGAAUGCGCCCAACAAAACGGAAUCUUACCUCUCGAUCUGGAAUUGGGAAGACAGCGUGAACGGCAACAAGUCCUUUGCCACCCUCCAGAGCCGUGCCGGCACGAACACUGUUCUCUCCCUGACCCGCUUUGAAGCCUCAGACAAGCAUGUCUUGAACUCCACGGUUACCGGCAACAAGUACUCACUGGAGUACAAAAUCAAGCUGGCGGAUGGAACUCAGCUUCGCGUCAAGAGUGCUCGGCCUAAUCAGGAGUUCGUGAUGGAGAACUCCACGGUCGGGUUCUACUCGGGUUAUGUUGAGGUCUCGGGCGAUUACACAGGCUAUGGAGCUAUGGACAUCAUGCCUCCCAUCAAACUUUGA